AGCAUGGAACUGAUGUGACACUGAGCUGUGAGGUGUCUGACCUCUCACAAUCCUCCACUGUUCAGUGGCAGAGAGAGGGCGCAUCCGUUCCUAACAGCACUCUGGUCUACAACAACACUGCAUACAUCAUUUUACACAAUGUCAACCAUCACAGUAAUGGGAAAUACCACUGCACAGGAAGCCACCAGGGAAAGGAACAAAUUUAUAAAAAUCAAACACUUAAAGUGACACAAUAUGCAGAACAAAAAAAGUAUAUUCUAUACAGAGAAAACUCUAACAGUAGUAAUUUGACCCUCAUCUGCAAUUCCAAAAGGACUUAUAACAGAAUAAUGUGGACCCGAGAGCUAAACCAAAAAAUAGAAGUAAUGAUAACUGCAGAAAAAGACAAAAAGCUGGAAGUAUAUGGUGCAAUUAUCCCAGAGAAGCCAUUAUCUACAUUCUACAAUGGAAAUGAUUUCAUCUUCCACAUAUCACCCGUGAAAUUCAAUUACAGUGGAACGUAUAAAUGUAUCGUGAAUGAUAACGUCACCUAUUCAUCCUUAACACUUCACACACUAAGAGUCUUUGCAGAGCCUGCUGUUAUGAUCAGGAAUCAGUCAGUGGUUCUGAGCUGUGAGUUGUCUGACGUGACAGAGCGAGUUACUCUCUCCUGGUUGAAGAUGGAGAGAAACAGAGCAAGGCUAAUUAAACAGGAAGUCCUUACACCAAAAGACCCAAAGAGGAGAGUCAGUGUAACACUGAACAGUGCAUGGGAGGACCUGCUUUUGUACCAGUGCGUUGUGUUUAGUGAGAACACACUCAGAGCUGUAGCUCCAGUAACUCUCCACCUGAUUCAAUCAUUAAGAAAAGAGCCUCAUUCAGCUAUACCUAAACAUACCACAGAACCCACCAGCCAGGGAAACAGUAUGGAAACGCGUAGCAUCAUCAUCAUUGUGUUCACUGUGUCCGGGUGUGUGGUGCUUUUGCUUGGGGCUCUUUUGUUCUACACUCGAAGAAAAUCUUCCACAGAUGGACCAUCUGUGAUAGAGAUGAAGUGUAGAGUUGAUCCAUCCCAUUCACAUUCAUCUCAAGGUGCUGACAUGUUUAGAGUAGAAGAAGAAAAAGAAGGAGAAGAGCUCCACUAUGCCUCCGUCACCAUAGUGGAACUUGAUCGCGGAACAAGUGGAAAUUGUAAAAGGCUCAAGACAGCAAGCAAGAGUGACUCAGUCAUUUACUCAACUGUCAACAUAAAAUAAGAAGCUUGAAUGAAAAUAGAUUAUGCAAUAGAAUUACAAUAGAAAUGCCACAUUUGCCUUAUAUUGUAACUGCACUUCUCUCUCUGAUCUGCCUGUGAUUUCUCCCUAUUACAGAAAUUAAUAUUAUAGAUAAAGCUUGUUCAUCUUCAAAUGAAA